UUUUGCCAACAGUGAGGCGCCAAUGAAUGUCGUCUGCUCGCUCUGACAGUUAUUCUUUUAACUGGUCAAGAAAUAUCAUUUUUUCAAGUAAUCAUUAUACAUUUUCUAAAAUAUCAGAAAUUUCUUAUUUCAGUAUAUUGUUUAGACUGAAUAUUAGUCGGUAAAAUAUGAAAUUUUAUAGAAAGUAUUGUAAUAUGGUAAUAUUGUCGUCUGCUUAAUUGACAGCUGCGCAAGUUCAGAAAUCAGCGCCGAAGCGGUGAAGAGAUACGGUAUUUGGAUUUGUGAGAGCUUUACCGAAAAUAAGAACAAUUUAUCGCUAAAAUGAUAAUUAUAGCGAAGUUUAUAUGAAUUUUUGAAAAUAUAACAUAGAUGUUACGUAUUUUGUUUAACUUUCUAUUUAAACAUGGAGGCGGAAGUUAGAGUUAAUCGUCGUUCUUCAAGUAUUUUCAAUCAGAAUGCAGUUUGUUAUGGAUUUUAGCGUGAAUGACGUGUCAAUGUAUAGAUGUAUAGUCAAUGUGAGAUUCAAAGUCAAAGUGAAUUUCGUAAUAAUACAAGAAAAGUGUAUACAACUUGAGUCUAAUUAACCUCUGACUUUCAAUGAGCACAAUGUCUUUCUAUCGAAUUUGAUUUGUAACAACAAAAUUGAAAGAUACAUAUAUACAUCUACAAGUUCCUUCGAAUAAUUAUGAAAUGAUAUUCAUGUGCAAAGAAAAUGAAUGUUAUGCCUAAGGGAAAACAUCAAGAAACUAAAUAGUCAUCCUAAAUAUUAUACUUACAAAUAUGUAUUAUUUACAUUCACUCUAAAUAUUCUACCUAAAUUAUUCGAUAUGAAAGUGUUAAAUUUAUUAUAUUUGAAGUGCAAUUAUUUAUUAAUGUAACAUUAAAUGUAUUUCUUUAAAUAUGAGAAAUAUGCCAAAGACAUAAACAUAACAAAGUGCUAUAGAUGUUAACAAGAUAAAUAUCUUGUUUUAUGAUUCUAGUCUAUAUUAUACAAUAAAAUAUAUAUUAUUAGUGAUAUAAUUGCACACUGUUCAUAUAAGAACUAUAUAUAUGCAAGUACUUAUCUACAAAUGAGCAUAAACAUUAAAAAAAUUUUUAUUUAUAUAUGAACUCAUAUUAGAAGAAGAAUAAUUAUAAUUAUAUAACAAAAUUACAAAUGCUUAUGUUUUGAUUUAUUUAAUAGUCACAUGUAUGAUAGAUUGACUUCGUUAAACUUUUCAUGCAAUAAUAAAGUACUCUAUUCAUUGAUAGUGGAUUAAUUACAUGGUGUUCAAAAUAUAAAAUUUCAAAUACCAUGGAGCAGUGUGAAGAAGCUGAUGUAUCUAACGUGACAAAUACUAAGGCAGAUAUUUCCCCUAAGUCAAAGCAAAAGAAAAAAUCUCUUUGCCGUAUGCUUAUGAAUAAAAAGACCAAAGUUGGAUGUUUGGAGACAUCUUACAAAGAUGGUGAUUCAAAUAAAAAUUCUAAACUGGAAAAUUCACAACAUGGAUCUCAUACUAGUACAAAACUUUCAUUAUGCUGUGCAAUGACUGAACGCAGCAGAACACCGCCACAAAGUUUGACUGUCAGUAGAUUAUCUCCAACUACGUUAAGCCACACAUCUGUUAAAUCUGAGAUAGCUUCUGCUAAUGGGAAUUGUCAAACAGAUGUGACGAUAGAGAAGGAGGAGAUGUAUAUAGCAAGUAGUACGCACAAUGUUGAAGAAAAUGUAGGAAGGAAUAGUGUUUUUACGGGCAAAGAACGACAAAGUACAUUUAUUGAAGAGUCAACAGAAGAUUCAUUUGAGGAAUCAUCAGAAGAUGAAAAUGAACUUUUAAUUGAUUAUGAAAGAAAUGAAAAAAGCUUCAAGGACGAAUAUUUUACAAAAGGAAAAUAUAUCACUUAUUUCUUCUUGGAAAUGGAACGGAUGUUCUACAAUCCUUUUGAUGUUUACAGUAUGGUUCAAUACCAUGAAACUAACAAUACUGAAAGACCAGGAAAAGAAGGUGAAAAUUCAUCCUCUGGAUCUAUUUCUCCAAGUGUUCCUACAUAUUUAAGGCAAAGACUAAUUCAUAGGCGAUCUGUGGAUAAUUUAGUAGGAAAUUCACCAACAAAUUCUAUGAGACAUUCAAGUCCAGAAUCUAUAAAAAGUGCACCUGUUCAGCUUAAACCACGUUCUACAUCUCAUGAUGCAUUGUCAAAAAAAAAAGAGCGUCAUCAAUCUCAAACUGGAGCAUCUAUGGACAGUUUAGCAAAACAAGCAUUACUAGCUGCUCAAGUUCUUAAUCUAAUUCCUACACAAAAAGCACGAGAAAGAAAUUUCCUUCAUGGUAGGAUUGCUGCAAAUUCACUACUUGGACCAGUAGAACUUGAAAAAGUACUACCAAAUCGCGAACUGAAAAUUUUUAUUGGAACAUGGAAUAUGAAUGGACAGAAUCCACCAAAAGAAUUGAAUGAUUUUAUGUUACCUUCAGAUAUAGAAACUGUUCCAGACCUAUUAGCAAUUGGAACACAAGAAUCUUGUUCUGAGCGGAGUGAAUGGGAGGCAGCUUUGCAAGAAACUCUUGGUCCUUCUCACGUACUACUCUGUAGUACUGGUUUAGGAACACUACAUCUUGCACUUUUCUUAAGAAGAGAUCUAAUUUGGUUCUGUUCCAUCCAUGAAGAUGCUAGCUUUUCAACCAGGACAGGAACUGCUUUUAGAACAAAAGGAGCAGUAGCUAUAGCUUUAAUGUUAUUUGGCACAAGUUUUCUGUUUGUUACUGCACAUUUAACCGCACAUCAAGAUAAAGUUAAAGAAAGGGUAAAUGAUAUUAAAAGAAUAGUUAGAAAUCUUGAUCUUCCUAAGGAGUUACCUACGAGACAUAAAAGCAAAGAUGUAACUCAAAAUUUUGACUGUGUAUUUUGGUGUGGUGAUUUAAACUUUCGGCUAGCUCAGCCAAGAGAGGAAGUUAUUCAAUGGGUCACAGAUGCAUGCUUUCCACAACAAUUACCUGUAAAUUUGCACAAAGAUCAAUUAAAAACAAUUCUUAGUGAAGGAGCUGUUUUACGUGGUUUUGAAGAGGCACCAAUUACAUUUCCUCCUACAUAUAAAUAUGAUCCUGGAACACAAAAUUUUGACUCAAGUAGUAAACAACGCACACCUGCAUAUACUGAUAGAAUUCUCUUUAAAGGAAAAGGACAUACAAGAGGCUACAUCAGAAGAGUUAGUUAUGAAAGUUCUAAUUCAUAUAAAGAUGGAGUUAUAGAAUGUUUGAUUUAUGACUCUGUACCCAGCAUUUGUACCUCAGAUCAUAAACCUGUAUGGGGUGUUUUUAAAACAACCAUAAGACCUGGUAUUGACACUAUUCCUCUUGGUGGAGGUUUGUUUAAUCGUGAAAUAUAUCUAGAAGGCAUAAAAAGGCGAGCAGCUGCUAUGGAUGAAUCUCAUGGAACUUCAAAAGUAUGUUCAAUCCAAUAAACAUAGAUAAUAUAAAUUUCAUUGGAAAAAAUAUUUCAUAUUAAGAAAUUUAUAUAACAUGAGCAUUAUAUUUCUAUUUAUUCUAAUUUUUUAAUGCCAAAAUGUGAAAUCAUAGUUAUUGCAAUUCUUACAAUUAAUAUCACUUCUUUUUUUGUAUGCUCUAUAUAUAUGAUAAAUUUGUAACUGUUCAUAACUUUUUUAUAUGAAUAUCAAAUACCGUUUUUUAGUGCAGUUUAUAGGACAAGUUACUGUACAAUGUGUACUUUGUAAUGUCUAGUCAAAAUAAAGUAGACUUCCCAUUCCUAUAACUAGCAAUGAAAAUGCUAGAUAUUAUAGAUAUAUGUGCCAUUUCUAAAAAAUAUAAAAAAAA